AUGUCCUUCAUUCUGCUAUGGGCCCUCCCCAUCUUCCUAUCCCUCCUCACAAUCCCCCAAUGCAUCCAAGCAAAAGCCGUCUUUGCCCACUUCAUGGUCGCAAACACAGCCAACUACACGAUAUCAGACUGGGAAUCCGACAUCAGCCUAGCAAAAGCAUCCUCGAUCGACGCCUUCGCCCUAAACUCCGGCUUCGGGGCAAACCACACCGCAAAGGCCCUGAAAGACGCAUUCGCCGUAGCCAAGCAGCAGAACUUCAAACUAUUCUUCUCGCUCGAUUACUCCGGCAAUGGGAACUGGCCGAAAGACCAGGCUGUCAAACUACUCAGCAACUACACAGGCCACGACGCUUACUACCGCCAUGAAGACGGGCGCGCGCUGGUUAGUACCUUCGAGGGCUUCCAGGCGGCGGGCGAUUGGGGCGAUAUUAAGAAAGAGGUGGGCAAGAAUGUAGGGAAUGAUAAAUGCUGCUUCUUUAUCCCGGAGUGGGCGUCGGCGGGGCUAGCCAAGGCGUCGAGGGUCUCUGCUACAGAUGGGCUGAUGAGCUGGGAUGCGUGGCCGUAUGGGAAUACGGAGAUGAACACGACGGAGGAUAAGCAGUACAUGGACGUGCUUAAGAAGGAAGGGAAGUCUUAUAUCAUGCCUGUGUCGCCGUGGUUCUACACGAAUCUGCGCCAGUUUCACAAGAACUGGGUGUGGCAGGGGGAUGAGCUCUGGACGCAGCGGUGGAAGCAGGUCGUCGAGGUGCAGCCGGAGUAUGUCGAGAUCCUGACCUGGAAUGACUACGGAGAGAGUCACUAUAUUGGGCCUGUGAGGGAGAAGGCUGUCGGGGUGUUGGAGAGCGCGGGGGCGCCGUUUGACUAUGUCUCAGGGAUGCCGCACGACGGGUGGCGGGCGAUGCUGCCGUACUGGAUCACUCAGUAUAAGGCUGGAGGAGGCCAGACGGCGAGAGAGGGCGGGGAGAUCGGGGAGGAGGUGUUGAGUGCCUGGUACCGAGUCAGUGCGGCGAGUGCGUGUGGGGAUGGGAAGACGGUGGGCAAUAGUAAAAGCCAGGACCAGACUCUGUUGAAGCCCGCGGAGAUCCUGCAGGACAAGGUUUUCUACUCGGCGCUUCUGGAAGGGAGAGCAGACGUCAAGGUCAGUAUAGGGGGCGAGAACCGGACGGCAGAGUGGACGGAUGUGCCUGAGGGGGGCAGGGGGGUGUAUACAGGGUCCAUCCCGUUCGACAAGCACACCGGCGAGGUGGUGGUGACUCUGACGCGCAACGGGGACUUCCUGGCGCAGAUGAAGGGGAAAGACAUCCAGGACAGUUGCCCAGGCAAUCUCACCAACUGGAAUGCGUGGGUUGGGAAUGCCACAGCUGUCAAGACGAACCGGGCACCCGGAGCAGACGGCGAUGACUCGGCGGGCGUCUCGCUGCACACAAGUCUGUGGCUGCUGGUGUUUUCUUUGUUGAAUGUUUCCUUGUUGAUAUGA